AUGCUUGGACGUGCAUCCUCACGAUUGGUCUCUAUUUACAACAUCAGCGAAUCAAUACCGAGAUCACUUGUCUUGAAUAUUUUUUCAUCAUGUCAAAACUUGUCGAAGCUUGAGUUUGUGGCACUUGUCAUCUCUGAAAAAAAUUACUUGUCAUGGGUUCUCGACGCUGAAAUUCACCUAGUUGCUAAGGUUCUUAAAGCUACUAUUACCUCGGAUAAUGCAGCGUCGAGUAAGGACAAGGCCAAUGCUAUGAUUUUCCUUCGUCAUCAUCUGAAUGAAGGACUGAAGGUUGAAUACCUUACAGUGAAAGAUCCACUUGAAUUGUGGACUGAUUUGAAGGGAAGGUAUGACCACCUAAAGGCCACGAUACUACCUAGAGCUCGUUAUGAGUGGAUGAAUUUACGAUUUCAAGACUUUAAAACCGUUGUUGAAUAUAAUUCUGCACAGCAAUACCGUGAAAAGGACUUUCAGAAGUAUUCUGAAUUGAUCUCAUGCCUUCUAGUGGUUGAGCAACAUAAUGCCCUUUUGAUGAAAAAUCAUGAAGCUCGUCCCACUGGAGCUGCUCCACUACCGGAAGCAAAUGGGGUACAAGUACAUGACCAGCCUGAAAAAUGGCAAGAUCGGGGUCAUAAUAAUAUGCGUGAACGUGGCAAUGGCAGGGGACAAUAUAAUAAUCGUCGUGGUGGUAACCAAAGAAGGGAGAACCAAAUGGGUCCCCAAAACAAUCCUUCAAGAGGUAAUUGUCAUCGUUGUGGCAUGAAAGGCCACUGUAAGAAUGAAUGUCGAGCGCCUAAGCAUUCUGCUGGGCUUUAUCAAGAAUCUUGCAAAAGAAAGAAAAAUGAAGGUGGGACCUCUUCUAAUGCCCGAAUGGAGUCAUAUUUGACUUUAAAAAAUGAUGAUGAGGCAGGACCUUCACAAAAAUAUGAUGACAAUGUUGAGGCAAACUUGGUCUUGAAAGAUGAUGAUUUUGAUAGCCUUGAUGAUAUAACUCAUUUGGAAGUUGAAGACUUCUUUGGAGUACAAAAUUAA